CCAUAUGUAUAUAAAGUGAGCGAAAGUGGUCACUCGUCAGUCUGAGUGCAGCCUCCGAAGUAGCAACAUGAAGGUCCUCAUCAUUGCUCUGUGCGCUGUCGUGUAUAUGGCCGCGGCCAGUCCGCUGGAAAAGCGUCUGGGAGUACCGAUACAGGCAGAGGAUGACUGCAACCCGAAGAUCGGCGCCAAGAACUUCUCUACCGAUGCCACCGAUUGCCAGGUGUUCUACAUCUGCGAUCACGGAUGGCCGAAGAUCCGUCGUUGCCCAGGUGACACCAUCUGGACACCAGCAUUGGAGAGAUGCACCGACAAGUACUUUGCGGUUAACGACGAGUGCAGAUACGAGGCUCCACCCACACCAGCACCUGUGGAAAUCGCUCCAGAAGAUCUUGACCCAGCUGCGUGCUACGACCCAAGAAACAUGUGCAACGGAGUUAUUGAUUGCAACAAUGGAGAGGAUGAGGAGGGCUGUGCUCCGAUCUGUGACCCUAACGCCUGCAGACUGCCAGACUGCAAGUGCAGUAGCCCAGACGCUCCAGGAAACCUCCAGUCAAAUGAGAUUCCACAGCUGGUUAUGAUUGGAUGGGAUGGUGCUCUGAGAGUAGAGGACUACAACCAUCUUCUCCAGCAGAUCCUCAAGAAGGUGAAUGCCCAGAGACAAAGAGAACCGCGAAGGAACCCCAAUGGUUGCCCGUUAACCGCAACUUUCUUCACAAGCCAUCAGUUCACUGAUUACGCAGCAGUCCAGUCGAUGUACGCCGAGGGAAAUGAGAUCGCCUCAUUCUCUAUCACUAAGCAGCUGCCAUCAGAGUACUGGGCCCAGGCUUCAGAUGCCGAACUCUCUGCUGAGUAUGCCGGACAGCGCGCCAUGUUCAACAGGUUCUCUGGCAUCCCAGCCAGCGCCAUCAAGGGAGUGCGAUCUGCUUACCUGCAGACCAAGGGAAGCGACUUUGUUAACCUCAUUAAGGAUGAUGGAUUCACAUGGGAUUCUUCCUACCCUACCGACAAGAUUGAUCCUCCCCUGUGGCCAUACACCUUCGAUUACCAGUCCACUGGUGGCUGCGCCAUCCCUCCAUGCCCAACUUCGUCUAUCUCUCGAAUGUGGGAAGUUCCCCUCGUUGAUUGGUAUGACACCAACGACACGCUGUGCGCCAACGUUGACAGUUGUUAUUAUCCCAACGACAAGGCAGAGGCUCUUCAGCUCCUGCGUACCAACUUUGACCGCCAUUACAAGACCAACAAGGCUCCCUUCCCCAUCAACCUCCGUGCCAGGUGGUUCCUCAACAAUGGCUACUACAACAUGGAGGCUCUCCAGCAGUUCCUUGAUGAGAUCCAGGAAAAUCGCGAUGUCUACUUCGUGACAUACAGCCAGCUGAUCGAGUACAUGAAGAACCCAGUCAAGCUUGCUGAUGUAGGAAGAUCUGAGGCGUUCACGUGCGACUUUGCUGGCCGCACCCCACUGUGCGCCCAUCCCAACCUGUGUGGCUACUUCAACAUCAGCUACGCGCCCAAUGAUGAGGAGCACCAGGGAGACCGUUUCUUCCAGACCUGUGUUGAGUGCCCAGCUGUGUACCCAUGGGUGGACAACCCACUAGGAGAAGCAUAAGAGGAUUUAUAAAUCCAGUGCCACAUCCCUGCUGACCACUUGAGCUUGAAUAUCACUUGAGAUCCGGGUGUUUUUUUCUCUAAUAACUAUCGUGAUUAUAUAGGUAUAAAUACACUAACUAGCCAACUGCGCUUAUCAACACCAAAGAACUAUUAUUCAAUGCCAACACGACAGUGGCACAAUGUUUACCAAGAUUAGGUUUCUCGUGUGCUCUCAGUUGUAGCAGCAGCUUCAUUCCUUUUACCAGAGCGAAGUUUGAAUCAUUAGGAUUAGCAUAAGGAUGCAGAACCAAGAUAUGGACUGCAUUGCAUUAGGGUAAACCCCUAGGGAAAAUUAACAUAAAAUUUCGCACGCAUAGUUUUUACUUAGGUGAAUUUCGUUUGCAUGUAGCACUGCAUGGCUAUAGUAGGUUGUGAUAUGAGUGAAUACUGUAAAUAAUGUAUUUAUACCUAACGCAUUGCAUGCUAAAAUAUAAUAGGAUUGAAUUGAAA